GCUGCACAGCUGGAACCCGAGCAGAAGGCUGGCACACGGUCCAGCUGCGAGCGGAUGACAGAGCUGCAACAGCAACAACACACAUCAACUUGGUGCCCGAAGUGCGCCAGGAGAGGGACUUUGUUGGGUUAAUGUGCCACGAAGAAAAUACCCGCAUAGCUCAUUCAGUGGAGCGUCCGCACGAACUCUGAGGAAGGAUCCGAGCUUCUUCUGAUGAGUGCCUCUCUCUGCCUGACCCGGUGUCCCCACUUCGAGGCGUGUUGAGUUUGGAGGUGCUGGUGAUGUAACGAUUUUCACCUCUGUGCUGUCUCCACAACUGUUAUCACUGAAGCUUUCUCUUGAAGAGUAUGGGACCCUGCAAACUCUGAAGAGACACGAGAGUCCGUCCAGAGACUAACGAGUGGAAUAAGCGAGAGGAAAGGAAGGAUGGAGUCCAUAUUAUCAGAGCAAUCAGCCACCGUGGACGAGCUGGUGGAGGCAUGCAUCCAAGCCUUUGAUGAGAAGGGCACUUUGAAGGAUGCUAACUUGGUCCGCAUGUUCCUAAUGAUGCAACCUUGGUACCUCCCUUCAACCGACAUGGCGAAGAAGCUGGUGCUCAAAUCCCAAGAGGAGAGCUGCUCUGCUGAGCGCAGAACAAGAAUAUGCCACCUUGUCAAGUACUGGAUCACUGAGUUUCCAGCAGAGUUCAAUCUCAACCCGGAGCUGGCCGACCAGAUCAAAGACUUUAAAGACCUCCUGAGCACCGAGGGCAACCAGCGUCAGAGUCAGCUCAUUGACCUCGACAGUGUGCCGUCGUAUAAAUGGAAGCGUCAGGUGACUCAGCGUGUCCCGUCAGUGUCUAAAAAGAGGAAAAUGUCCCUCCUGUUUGAUCACCUGGAUUCCUGUGAACUGGCUGAACACCUGACCUACCUGGAGUAUAAAUCCUUCUGCAAGAUCCUGUUUCAGGACUACCACAGCUUUGUGAUGCACGGCUGCACGGUGGAUAACCCCAUCCUAGAGCGCUUCAUCACCCUCUUCAACAGUGUCUCCCAGUGGAUCCAGCUCAUGGUGCUCAGCAAGCCCACCGCUCCGCAGAGGGCUGCCGUCAUCUCCCACUUCAUCAGAGUGGCACAGAAGCUCCUGCAGCUGCAGAACUUCAACACCCUGAUGGCGGUGGUGGGCGGCCUCAGCAACAGCUCCAUCUCCCGUCUCAAAGACACACAGACCCACAUCAGCGCAGAGACCAACAAGAUUUUUAACAACCUUAUCGAGCUGGUGACGUCAUGUGGGAACUACAGCCAGUACCGCAAACGCUUCUCCGAGUGCGCUGGCUUUCGAUUCCCCAUCCUUGGUGUGCACCUGAAGGACCUCAUCGCCGUUCACGUGGCGCUGCCAGACUGGGUCGACAAAGAAAAAACACGAGUCAACCUCACUAAGACCCAACAGCUGUACGCCAUCCUGCAAGAGCUGGCCAUGAUCCAGAACAUGCCGCCCAACAUCGAUGCCAACACGGACCUGCUCAACCUGCUCACGGUAUCUCUGGAUCAGUACCACACGGAGGAGGAGAUCUAUCAGAUGUCUCUGCAGAGAGAACCUCGUAAAACAGCGCAGAACUCCAGCCCCGCCCCCGCGCCCGAACCCAAGCCCACCAUGAUCGACGAGUGGGCGUCGUCGGUGAAGCCCAACGCUGACCCGACGGUCAUCAAGAAGCACAUCGAGAAGAUGGUGGAGUCGGUCUUCAGAAACUUCGACACAGACGGUGACGGGAACAUCUCCAGGGACGAGUUUGAAGCGAUCAGGAACAACUUCCCUUACCUCAGCAAGUUUGGAGAGCUGGACAAGAACCAAGACGGGCAGAUCAGCAGAGAAGAGAUGAUCGACUACUUCAUGAAAGCCAGCUCUCUGCUGAACUGCAAGAUGGGUUUCAUUCAUACUUUCACUGAGGCCACCUACGUCAAGCCCACGUUCUGCGAGCACUGCGCCGGCUUCAUAUGGGGCUUCUACAAGCAAGGCUACAAGUGUAAAGCCUGCGGGGUGAACUGCCACAAGGCCUGCCGGAGCCGCCUGGCUGUGGAGUGCCGGAAGAGGACCAAGAGCAUUAGCCAUGAGACGCCACCCGCCCUCCAGGCCAGAUCCUACAGCUUCCCUCCACCUGCCAACACCCCGCCCAGCCUGCAGAACACAGUAAUUGCUGAGGAGGACAUCGAGUCGGUGGAGGAAGGAGUGUUUGAUGUCCAUCUAUAACCAGAGUCCCUGCUACGGUCGGCGAGUGCAAGGGGCCAAAUGAGCAGCUGUCGGGGAGCCAGACACAGAAUGUGCAACAGUAUGUCAGUUUAACAGCCCUCAGCAGUGGGGAAGGAUUGCACUGAACACAAGCCAGGAUUACUACACGCUGCCACACGGUGGACACUCACUGCAACAGCAGCCAAGUCACAGGAAUAUGAAUGUGAAUGUGUGUGAUUAGUGUGUAAAAUUUAGAUUCCCUGUCAGCCUAAAGUGUAUGUGUAAAACUUCCAAAAUAAUCCAGGAAUUGUAUUUUCUUCUUUCUGGAAUGUUAAAGUCAGUGGAGUUGAUCAUUUGAGCUGUCUCCUGCCAAAUGUAAUAGCCGUCUACAACAUAAAAGGGGUGCUGUUUAUCACCAAGAAUGUAAACUGCCACCCACACUAGAAGCUCCAUCUUUCCUCUUUAUCCUUCAAUCUUUGAUUGUUUCAAACACAUUUUUAUGGACCAACAAUGGGACCAAUUUUGAUGUCAGAUAAAAUUAUUGUCGCUUUGUGGUGCUCGUUUAAAGCUCGAUGAUGAAAACAAGCCAACAAUGGACUCAUCUGAGGACAGCUGUAAUGAGGAUGGACUUGUUAUAUUUUUGUCAUGUUUACCUGAAUAUCAGUAUAGAUAUUGCUGUUGUGAUGUUUGCAGAGCUGUCUUGUGUUGGUGCACUAAUAGAUCCUUUUGCAGUACUGUGAAUGUAGCAAAAAGAGUCAAGAGCCCUUAAUCCCUCUAUGAAUAUGCCAACAGCAGGGAAGAGGAAAACAUUCAUAAGUUCCUGAUGAUUCCUUUCGAUAAGUUUUGAAUGAGCUUUGAAGUGAAAAAAAGACCUUCAGAAACUCCAGUAAUGAGGCAUUUUAUUUGUCAGCAAGGCAUAAAUACUUUAUUUCCCUGAGAAUAUUUUUGAUGCAAGUUAUUAAGCAUUUUGCCGUUCCUAUCCUGCAUGCCUCCCUCCUCACAGCUCUAUUCUCCGGCCAGACGUCUCCAUCGCUGAGGAUUUUUCAUUUCUUAAAUGUAGCACGCUAACUUCUCAUUUAUUGAGGAACCAAUUCCUGAGAGUGGAACCGUUUCUGUUGCUUCGUGCCUGUGGUGAGAUGAAUUCUGACUUUGAGUGCCAUAUUGUCGACUGCUGAGCCGUCAUUGAAUGAGACUCCUCACGUCACAAGUAUUUAUUUUUUCUGUAUAAAUAGCCAAACCGCUGCCGGUCCUUGUGUGUCACUCCCUGCCUGACGAAUGGAUGUUUGAAUGAGUCUUGCAGACUGAAAUCGUUCUAAUCUUCCUGCUCCCCUGAUGAUUCUCAAGUAUUAAAAGCAGCAAGCAUCAUCUGAUAUUUGUUCUGGUGAGAGUUUUGUGAAUGAAAAAUGUUUUGUCUUCAAA